AUGUCGCAGCGCUCCUCCGCCUUCGGAGGCAGCACAAUGUCUGCAGCAUCAGCUACAUCACUAACACCACGACGCUUCCCAUCCGCUCUCGAACGUAACAACCCGGAUGUUCGUCCGUCGAUUCUCGCGCUCGUCGAUACGAGCAAACCAAUCUCACAGCAGGUCGACCAGAUCAAGGCGGCUACGCAGCGAGAGGCUGGUUCUCCCAGCCCUCGUGUGACGUCGGGAGACAGCGAUGUCUUUCGACAUUCACAGCGUGGCCCGCCGCGAUCUAACGCGUCGCACCAUUCCGUCCGAUCUUUCGGCAGCUUUGGUCUCACUCCAAGCACGAGGAGACAAACUAGCGGCGAGCUAGGAAAGGGGGAUGAUGGCCUAAUCGUGGCCAUGAGGAAGAAGGCGGCAGAGGAGAGGAGGAAAAAGCACCUUCGAGAGAUGCGUGCUUCCCAAGCGGGGAGCACGGUCUCGAGAAGUGUGUUUGGGGCCUCGAGGGUGUCGAACUCGUCGUUUGGCAUCUCGCGAAUUGGCCUCCAUUCUUCGACGGGGUCUGGGAUUCGUCCCGCCUCGUCGUUGAUGGGGAGCCGUUCGCAGAGACUGCCACCAACCAGCGUCAACGCCACCACCACCCCCAACGAUACCGCUGCCUCCCCGCACCGCUUCGAGGACCUUAGAUACGUCCAAGAGGUUCUGGCCAGGUCCAGAGGGACCUCGGCCGUGAGCAGCCGGGCAAGCUCGCCGGAAGCAGCAAAGCCGGAAAGCCCCUAUGCAGCCUUGGCUGCUAGGGCACGGGGUGCCUUGUUCGAAAAUACAAGGGGCAUCCAGGAGGCAAAGGCGGAGAGGAGGAAGGAGGAGGCAAGGAAGAGGGAGAUGGAGAGGGAGCGUCAGAGGAGGGACGCGAGGAUGGAGAUGCUGGCGAGGUUGGCAGCAGAGGAGGAGGAGGAGCGUCUCCGGCGGGAGGAAGAGGUACUCUCGGCGAGCAAUCGCAAGCGCGAUGCCGCCGGGACCCUCCGAUACUCGCCGGAAGACACGAUGGACAACUCCGUCCAUCCAUACGGCAAGGAGGCCAAAGACCCGCGGAAGCGGUCUUUGGCCGCUGACUCGCUGACGAGGGGCCAGCAGCCAGCGAAGAGGUCCCGGUCCUCGGAACCGGCUGAAGAAAGACCGCGGUCUUCGGACCGAAAAUUGAUGCCACCACCGCCGGCCCCCACCUCGCAGCAUUUUGCUGCAACGCCCUCCCCGCCGCGCCCCUUCACUACCAACCAAGGAUCCUCCUUUGGUGUUUCGUUCGGCAUUAGGUCAGGGGAGAUGGCCGUUGAGGAGGAAGAGAGGGAAGAGGCCGGCGACAAUCGUCCGGCUAAUCAUAGUGUAGAGCCGGAGAUUGGGACGCCGGUCUCAUUGUUCCAGCCGUCGAACGCCCCGCUUGGGGGGGCACCGAUCGCUCGCGACUUUGCCUACCCAGGCGGUCCCGUUUUCAACCCCGAGCCAGUUCAUGCGGGGUCCGAUACCGAACCCGACGAAGACCAGGAGGACGACGAGGCGGACGAGCAAGAGGUGGCACCAAAGAAGGGCAGCAAGCAACCCGAGGUCGUCAGCCUUCUUGACAGCGACGACGAGGACGAGGACGCGGAGGAGGAGGAGGAGACCUUUGAAGGCUUUGGUGACUACGACGAUGAGGAUGAGGAGGGAGAAGGGGACGACGAGAUUAGCGAUGAAGAUGAGGAGGAGAAUGGGUCUAGCGGCGACGACAACGACGAGGGCGAUGACGAGGAGCCAAUGAUCAUACCGAUUUGCAGUUCGCCAGUCCCGGAGAGUGUCCAUGAGGAUUCACCGGAAACCAACGGCGCGAUAGCUCACAUUCCAAAAAGCCUACUCGCCGAAGAGGGCGUGUCUAAUUUGACCGCCCAGAAGCCUGUUGUCAGGAACAAUGUUCGCGCCACAAGAUCCCGAUCUUCAACCGCCCAAACAUCUUCACAAGAGAAGUUGUGGAUGCGCGAUAGUGGAGGCAGACUUAUGCGCUCUGCAUCCCCUGAGAGCGUGGGAAUUGCAUUGGCUGCACCAAGUAACGACCAAGAUGCGCCGAACGAAGACGAUCACGAUGUUCCGAACGAUGAUGAUCAUAAUGCGCCGAACGAUGAUGAGACAGCAGGCUCUGAGCUACCCAUUGACCCACUUUUGAACCCUAGUGUCGAUGUUGCCAUUCCGGCAGUCGCACAUGCCCAUUAG